AUGAUUACCCUAGGUUUUCACGAGAAUUCGCUCCCACGUCUGGAAUCGACUUCGUGGAUAUUUCUCAUUGUUUUUUUGAAUUUAGAAAUUGGAAUGAUUCGUAAACGAUUAAUCAAUUCAAAUUCUGGAACAAAUUCUGAUGGCACUCCCAGAAAAGAAUCAAAAAAUGAGGCGAAUAUGGUGCAGGAUGAAAUAGAAUUCAAUAUUGUCUACGGGUACGAUAGAAAGAAAAAAAGAAAAAGAAGAACGGAUUCAACAGAAAGUUCAUCAGAACAUCCAGAUGGUGUUGAGAAAUUUGAUAACGAAGAAGACGUGGCAAUAAGUCCGACAGGGAAUCCGACUGUUGAUCCGACAAAGAUUGAAACAGAAGAACUUGAACAAGAAAUCGGUUCUCGAAAUGUUUCUCGUCCAAGUACCUAUCGCCAACUUUCUCUUCUUCUGACUUGUGUCACACUUUUGAAAAAUAAUUUGGUUUUCAUCGAAUGUUUUUUCAAUCAUGGAGGAAUUUUUUUUCUGAUUCCCUACUUCAUUAUUCUAUUCACUUUGGGAGUUCCAAUGGCGAUUUUUGAGUUAGCUUUAGCACAAUUCUCCUCAAUUCCAAUGAAUGGAAUGUUCGUUCGGAUGGCUCCUAUGUUGGGAGGAAUUCCGUAUCUUAUUCUGAUUCUCCGUAUCGUUUAUACCGUCUACAUGGCAUUCGAACCUCGUUUUCUACUAUAUUUCUAUAAAUCAAUGACUACAGUAAUCACUGGAAAUAAUCUCUGGAUUCGAUGUCAAGAUUAUAAAGGAGUUCGAUGCUAUGAUCCAACGAUGUCAUGUAAAAUUAAUGAGAUUAGACUGAACGGAAAAUGUAUCAAAGACCUUCAUAUUCAACAAUUAUCAGAACAGGAAAGUUACGGUCUUUUGACUUAUUUUGGAUUUCGAGAGUCGCGUUUGAAUAGUCUGAUUCCAUCUCAAUUUUUCAAAGAAAUUAACAGUUUGGAUAUGAUGGAUAACAUUCUCGCUGCAUUGAUUUUUCUUCUGAUCGCCGGAUUCAUAACAUAUAAAGGACACAGAUUCUUUGCAUCGGUUGCUGGUUUCUUUGUAUUCCUUCCGAUUCUUGGAAUGAUUCCUGCUGUUGUACUAGUCUACUACGACGUUGGAUCCCGAAAGAAACACUUUUUCAAGGAAAUCGUUAAGAAUAAUGAUAUUUCGAAGAUCUUCGAGAUGUCCGCAUGGUUGAAUGCAGCAAGAGUUAGUGUGAAAACAGUUUACAUUGCUGAUGGAACUCUCAUGGCACUAGGAAGCAUGGCAGAUUUCGGACACAACUUUGUGAAAGAUGCCUUUCUACUGGCUGCUUCUGGUGCAGCCUACCGACUGAUGCUUUGUUUUGGAAUUCUGCCAAUCUUGUAUGUGGGGAAUGACAUUUUAUAUCCAUUUGCAAAGAAAGUCUAUACACAAGGAGAACUAGUUCAAUUUCAUGCGAUCGAACUGUUUUUCUCUGCUCUUCCAUCGUAUUCCAUCCCAGGAAUCAGUUCAAAUGUUCUAUUUUUCUCAUUUGGAUUAUUAUUCGGAACAAUCAAUUUAGCCUUUGUCGCUUAUCAGGUGAUCACAUUUGAAAUCCUAAUUAACUCACUUCACCAUCUAUUUCCACGCCUACUUUAUCUCAAGAGAAGAGCCGUAAAAGUUUCUAUUAUUAUGGCUACAGUAACCUUCUUGCUGUUCCUGUACAUGUGUGGUUUGCCGUACAAAACGAAUUCCGUCGGAUAUCAAACUGAACUGGAACUUGAUGACUAUGUGGUUGGAUUAGUAUCAACUACAGUAUUCGUCCAAUUGGUUGCUGUUGCAAUUGUAUAUGGACAUAAACGUCUUUUGGUCAAUGUUCUAACAAUGCUGAAAUCUCAUCCGAAAACCUAUAAACUUGUCGAAAAAUCUAGAUUCUUCCUAUAUAUAAUGUGGACUAUUCUCUUGCCAAUUUCUUGCUUACUUUCAAUCAUGUCUGUAAUCGUCAAAAAAUAUCAAAUUUACCAUUGGCCUCCUUUGGUUUAUGCAGCUAUCAGUUCAUUUCCGUUAAUCUAUUUGACGAGAAAACUAAUUAUCUUUUGGAUACAAAAAGAAGACGUUGGCAGUCUUUCACAAACUCAUCGUUGGAAACCUGCUAAUGAGGGGCAUACAAGAGAAAUCGAACAUGAUGAGAGAGCUUCUGGAGUGUUGAAUUAA